AAAAUGGCGGCCAUUGCAAGCACAAACACAACAGGCUUUGACUGCCCGACAUGGGCAGGAAAACCUCCACCUGGACUUCACCUGGAUGUGGUUAAAGGAGACAAAUUAAUAGAGAAGUUGAUUAUAGAUGAGAAGAAGUUCUAUCUCUUUGGGAGGAACCCGGACCACUGUGACUUCACAAUAGACCACCAGUCAUGUUCGCGUGUCCAUGCAGCGCUGGUUUACCACAGACACCUCAAGAGGGUGUUUCUUAUCGACCUCAACAGCACGCAUGGCACGUUUCUGGGCAGAAUUCGCCUUGAGCCCCACAAACCUCAGCAAGUUCCGAUCGACUCGACCAUGUCGUUUGGUGCAUCAACACGAGUUUACACACUGAGAGAGAAACCGCAGACGCAGAGCAGCUCCACCACAGGAGACAGUAAAGGAGUGGAGGAUGAGGAGCUCAAGGGCUUGCUGGGACUGCCAGAGGAAGAAACGGAGUUAGAGAACCUGACAGAGUUUAACACCGCUCAUAACAAGCGCAUUUCUACACUUACCAUUGAAGAGGGAAACCUAGAGAUCCAGAGACCCAAGAGGAAGAGGAAAAGCUCACGGGUGUCCUUCAGCGAAGAUGAGGAGAUCAUAAACCCAGAGGACGUGGACCCUUCUGUAGGACGCUUCAGAAACAUGGUGCAGACGGCCGUGGUUCCUAUUAAGAAAAAGAAACUGGAAGGUCACAGUACGUUGGGACUUGACGAAAACGUAGCACGUCGGUUACAGAACUUUCCCCUCAGUGGAGGGCUUUAUGGCGACCUGCCACCCACCAGCCAUGAAGCAGGAGGGCAAGGUGGUGGAGGUCAGGGUGGUGGUUCUGCCAUCACGGGUGGUAUGCCUCUACCCUUCCCCAACCCCGCGCCAGAGGUAGAUGUCUCACCCACCACUGUGCAGCCUCCAGCCAUGCUAAACCCCACUCCUGCUCCCGGACCCUAUUCAGCAGAGCCCCUCAAUGAGCCUCGCAAGAAGAAAUACGCCAAAGAGGCCUGGCCUGGCAAAAAGCCCACUCCUUCACUGCUGAUUUAACAUGGAACUCGGAAGGAUGGACAGAGACUAUGUUUGGCACAUGAAGAUCACAUCGUUCAGGUGGUUGGUUCCAGAUGUCGUAAUUCCAGCAUUUCUGAGACAUACUACAAAUAUGUAACGCUGCUUUUUAUUGCUUGAGGAUUUGCCAUUGGUGAUACUCAGAGGAAUUUGACACUAAAAACUGGCUGUAACUGCUGGGGAGAGUUAAUAAAUAGAAAUAUCUGGUUUCACACCAAAAUCAAAUAGGAAAAUACUAAUUAUAUGUUGCGUUAUAAAAUGAAGCUGAUGGUUUUAAUUUAAUUUUAAUUAUUUAUUAUUUUUUGCAUUUUGAUUUUUUUUUAAAUGCAUCCGUCUCCACAAAUAUAUUACAUUUUGUCAGACAAUUUUGUCCAAAUCGACUUACAAUUGAGGAGGCAUUCAACGAUUUAACAAGAGGCAAUACACACAAGAAGUGCUAAUUAUACAAAUACAUAAUAAUAUAACUAAAGUCAUCCUGUCUGGAUCUAUUUAACUGCUUAUACACAAAAAAUGCUGGGUUCCACACAAUCCCUUCAUCUCAUAUAAAGGCAAAUCAAUUAAGUUAACUUUAAUAUUUUAAUGUUGAUUGAACAUAAAACAAUUAAGUUAUGCCUAAAAAAACUAAAGAACUGUGUUGUUUUAGCUCAAAGUAGUUUGAACAAGCA